GCCGAAUUUUCUGCUCCUCAUUUUAGUUCAUCAAAUUCGACUACAGAGUUUUCCGUUGAUUCUGCUGCUUUACAAGAAGCCUUCAGUAAACAGACUUUUUUGGGAAUGGUGAGCUUGCAAUACCAAGCAAUGCCGGGUGUCGUGGAGAUUGUUCGCAAGCUCAAUCAGGCGUGCAUUCGCUUUGUGCACUUCUCUCAGGACAAUCAGCUGCGCAGUCGAGUGUUUGCCGAACGGUUGGGUUUAGAAGCGGACUGGAAUUGUCAUAUCUCAUUAGCAGAGCCCCCUUCUGAGGCCAGUAGGUCGAUUUCUCGAGUAAGCAACCGUUUUGCUCACCUGGCUUCCAGGACUCCUGCCGCUACUUUGAAUGCUUCAAGCAACGGUCCGGUCCAUGAAACGGGCGUCUCCUUCAAUCAUGUUGGGGUCAGUGUCUUCAAGCAGCCUUAUUCCCUAAGCUCUCCCAAUGUAACACGUCUCGGAAUUCCCCGGAAAGUAAGUAAUGUUUUUGGUCGUCUAUUUUUAUACACAUUGAUUAAAUAUGAGAUAAAUAGUAGGUCCUCCACAGUAGUGCAGCCUUCAAUUCCCAAAGCACUGGAUCCCUCUGUGCCACUGAUCGAUAGCAACGAGGGUGGAGGUAAUGGGAAUAGUGCCAUCUGGAUCGGAUUCAAUGUGGACAAUGACGCUCCUGAGCCCAUUAAACAAGCCCCGCAAGCAAUUGAUGAGGUCUCCUCGUGCAGCUCUCUAUCAAGCAAUGACGGUGAGAAGAAAUCUACCAUUUCUGGUGACUCAGUUUUCAGUUGUAGUAGCCCGUCUACUUGCGCCUCUACUCCCAGUGUGAAAGUUGUUUGUGAUGAUGUUCAAGAAGAGGAGGAUGCGUAUAAUUAUGUUUUCGCCAACAAGUCGAGGUUACCCUCGGGAAUCAAAAAUAUUCGAACGCACCUUGAAAACGUUGACAAUGUGCCCCUCAAAGUGUCCCUCUUCACCGACUGCACUCCAUCAGCUGUGGACGAGAUGAUUUGCAUAAUGCAGGAGUAUGGAGAGACCGUAUGCGUGGUGGGAAGCUGCUUAUCAAUUGCGAAUGCGGAACUCUUUUGUCGCGGGGAUACGGCAAUAGCCCUCUUCCCCUUGUUUCCGCUUGUCUGUGGACACCCUGAUCACCAAGGCCAAGAAAAUGUGGACACGACAGAACCACUUUUAAGUCUCGCUGGACGUCUCAUCGCUCUCGGAGCUGAUUUAGUCUCCCAUGCCUCUUUGGUCGAACUGAAUAUUCUUCAGCUUAUCACUCAGUCUCAUGCAUCAGUGAACAAUAUCCACUUGUGCAUAACCUUUGCUAUCGCCGCCUCUUUCGCCUCUGCCUUAUUUUACUUCCUCUCAAUGGCCCUCCUACCAGCCUUUCCCGUCCGAUUUCAAACAACCACUGAACUGAUAUGGCUACCACCAAUAUUAUUGGCCACCAAUGGACCAAUCAAUUCGUCACAUACCGAGUUGGUGGGGCAUAUUGCUAUUAGUGGACAGGUGCUCUGGCUCACCGGGACUGUUAUUCCAUUGCUUGCAAUUAGUAUUUUUGGGAGGAUGGUUGAAAGAAACAAGCCUCUGCAACAGCCACCUGUAAAGAGGAAAGAGAUAUUCUGCAAAGAUCGAAUGCUGAGGCUACUUUGGGUGACGGCCGCGCGUUUUUUGCCAUCGGUGGUAAUUUGUUGGCUAGUUGGCAUGGCUCAAACAAUCAUCGUCUGUCCCACGGGAAUCGAUUAUCGACUAGCCUGUCUAACAAACAAUAAAAGUGGUAGUGACAGUUCCUCUUCAUCCGAACCACUUGAUCAUGUUGGUGUGCUUCAAGAUGCAAUUCUAUCCCAGGAAAUCCCCUUCUUCCUUCUUGUCAUUUACUUAGUUUUCAUAUCAUUCAGCUACGCGAAUCGAGGUCAAUGGAUUUACCAAUGGAGACUGAAAACAAAUCUCCCCUGGCUGAUUUCUGCCUCGUUUGUACUCCUUGUGCACUCAAUUUAUCUCGUAACUACAUUAAUCUACAAUGGGAAACUCCUCACUGCUGAACAGCACCAUCGCCUACUGAUAACACUUGCCUGUGGUCUGCUUUGGUGUCCCAUACUACUACUCAUCAAUGAGGCCAUCAACUGGAAAGAACGACUGUUGGUCAAUGCGGAAAAUCGAUUCGCCAAACUAUUUUUUGAUACCAAACUUGGAAUGUAUUCGCCUGUAUAA